UCGUUUUAAUCUAUCCACUGAUACCCGACAUGCCAAAAAGAGAAAUUAAAAUCUGUUCAAGCUACCCGUGCUAAAUUAAUUUUUAAAAAGCGUUACGAUGUAAUCAUGUUGCACUGUGAUUGGUCCAACCUGAACAGCGCGGAGGAAAGUAACAUGCACCACGUGACACCAUUAGCGCUAUACUUCGGUAUUGUUCUGGAAAAGGUAUUUUCUCUCACGGGCUAUGAGGCUGGUUCUCUGGAAGCCAAAAGCGGUCCUACACUGCACAAAAUCGAUAAAGGAAGUAGCGACAGGAACGCCUGGCUCUCUUUUGCUUUACAGUUUAGCAGUUUUGUGGCUGAAUGUGGGCGGAUGCUCUUCUGUUCCAGACUGGCUGCUGUCACUCGACGAACGCUGCUGUGUGGCUCUGAUGCGUGACCGUCCACAUUUCUUUCUUUUUCUUUGUGAACUGUAAUAUUCUCUCUCUUUUGUUGCGCCUGCAGCUCUCUGAUGAAGAAAUUGGCAUUUUUUUAUAUAUAUAAUAGCAUCAUCAUCUCCUCUGAGUGUAGAGACGGCACGAUUGCUACACCUGCCAUGGCCUCAUAAUUAAAUAAUUUACUUCGGAAUAAUAUCAGUGAGAUAUUUUUCUAUUCACUGGUUUCAAAAUACAACGUAAAGAAUAGUAUAUUUCUACCAAUCAUAUCUGACCAAUUAGAGACAACGUGUGGGCCAAAGCCACGCCCAUUAAAUACAGCUAUGCUAAUCUCCUUUCUAUUUGCUGAUUCCUUUUUCAUCGUUUGACUUAGACGUCUUCGACGCCCUCUUUCGUCACGGAGUGGAAAGACAACAGCGCAUGUCGGGACAAGCAAAUUCACAUUCAAACUGUCUUAAACACACCUUUUAUUCCUAGAAUGUAACUAAUAUAUAUGUAUUACAUCGUAUAAGUAAUGUCUACAUACACCCCUCAGACACCUAAAUAAUUUAGAAACAGAAUAAAGGUAUAAAUAUUUAAGUGCAAAGUCAUUAGAUACCAGGUAGGCUACCUGAGCCACAUGACGCAUCAAGGACAGAGGAUUUAGAAAGCUAAACUAUUUUAAGUUGUAUUUGUUGCUUUAAAAGAAAUAUAGUUGAUCGAUUACUGAUAAAAUGUUAGUUCAGGUGUUUGAGACAAUUUGGGAGACCUUCCAGUCAAAAGACUCAGUUUUGCAAUCUAUGUGGGACUAUGUGCGACUCAACCACUCUGAAACUCUUCGGUCUCCUCUCUUUCCUGUGAUACUGACCGUAGCGUCGUAUUUUGUGCUUUGUCUACCCUAUUUAUUCUGCGACAUCAUGGGAAAGAAGUGGCCAGCUAUUAACCGGUACAAGAUCCAGCCCGACAAGAUGCCCACAACUGCAAUGCUCCUUCACUGCAGUGGAGUUACUCUUUAUAAUCAUGUCCUUCUGGUGUUUCCUGCCGCGAUAGCACAGUGGAUGUGGAGACCUCCUGUCCCCCUUCCUGAAAGAGCACCUACACUGCUUGAACUUGCAGGAGGGGUGACUGUAAACCUUCUUCUUUUUGACUUACAGUAUUUUAUCUGGCACUUUUUGCAUCAUAAGAUCCGCUGGCUGUAUGUGACUUUCCAUGCUAUCCACCAUAAAUACUCCGCCCCAUUUGCUCUGGCCACACAGUGCCUUGGCGGAUGGGAGUUGGUGACGGUGGGCUUCUGGACCACGAUCAACCCCAUUCUGCUGAGGUGUCACCUGCUCACCACCUGGAUGUUCAUGGUGGUCCACGUCUAUGUAUCGGUGGAAGACCACUGCGGAUAUGAUUUCCCUUGGUCCACGUCUCGUCUGAUCCCAUUUGGUGUUUAUGGAGGUCCGAGCAAGCAUGAUGUGCACCACCAGAAACCUAAUACUAACUUUGCACCCCAUUUUAGUCACUGGGAUAAACUGUUCGGCACUCAUGCUGAUUUUAGUUUUGCUAAAGCUCAGUGAUGAGCAUGCAUGUGUGAAUAUUAUAUUUGUAUGUUUGGUUGCUUCAGGCAGAGCUUAAACAAAGCAGAACUUCAGUUUUCACUUUUACUUUAUUUGUAUAGGAACAGUAUUAAAGGCAUGAUUUUAGUGCAACAAAUUUAAAUAAACAAAUUAAAAAUUGAGACAAGAAAACGAUGCAUAGAGAUUAUAGUAAUAUAAUAAAGGCUAAUUUGCAUAUCAUAAACAUAGUUAUAAUUAGUAAAUUUCUCAAAACGAGUAAGAAUCUGUUUGUUUUUUAACCAGCAUUUUAACAUUAUGACAGAACUCAAAUCUUGCAUCUGUUGUAUGUAAGUUGAGAACCUUUUACAGAGAUAAUUCUUCUGGUAAUAUUAUGUCUAUUUAUUCAUUUAGAAAUCAAUUUUAUGUUGAUUAUCAACUUUAAUCA